AUGGUUACUCAGCUUGCGGAACCUUUGCUUAAAUGGCUUACGGAUUCCAAAUACAGUUUAUCUCUAUUUGAAGGAAGACGUGUUGUUGUUGUUGGAAUAAUCGGAAAAUCUUCCGGUGAAUGUUCGAAAGCUGAACCAAUCAACAGAUUACUUCAACUUCCUGCCUUCAUGAACUCAAAUUUCAUGAAAGACAGCUCGGCUUCGGUAUUCAUUAGUUGUCAAGAUCAAUGUAUAGAUGCUUAUUAUGCUCCCGAGCUCUCAACUCUUUUUUUACUGCUCACUAGUUAUUCCGAUAUGUAUGCAUUAGAACAGAUCUUAGAAAGAGAAGAAAACAAAUCAAAGGAUUUUUUUGAGCUUAUUUCGUCACAAGAGACCGAUCAUAUACGAUGUUUAACCUUCCUACUAUUAUAUUCUCAUUUGCUCAUUUACAUGGGACCAGGCUGUCGAUUUGACCAGAGUUGUUGCCGGGAUUUUAAAAGAGCAAAUAAGCUACGUUUAUUGUGUCAAAGACAUGUUAAGAACAGAUUAGGAGAUAUUAUGGGUUUUCCAAAUGAUUGGGCUGUUGAAGGGCGAUUAGCUACGCCGCGUUGCCUUUUUGGUUUCCAUCGUCACUUGCUUCGCGGUGACUUGAAUUCCACUCGGAAGAAAGAAUCAAGGAUCAAACUUGUAGAGAAAUUAGGCCAACAAUCAUAUCGUUGUAUGCAGUUAUAUGAUGUUAUUGGAGCCAAUAACAGAGAUUAUCCGUGUAGCUUAUCAAGACCUACUGAACCAUUCGUUUAUAUUUUUUUGGCUGGAGAAACUUAUAGGAAUAGCAUCCGAGACAGUUUAUUGAUGUUGAUUGGUCAAGAUAAUGAUAAAUAUGAAGACAUCGAAGAAAAUGAGGUCGGAAACCAAAGCAGUGAUUUCGGAGCUUUUUUAAAAUUCCAUAUCAAUCUUGUGCGACAGGAAGAAGAAAGAAGAAGAUGCUUUUAUGCAGUGCCUACAUUGAAGUGGCUAUUGAUUGGUGGUAAGGCACUUUAUGAUCUUAUAUUUCAAUCACGUAUUAUUAGUAAUUCUGAUAUUGACAACAUUUGCAAUUGCGAACUGCUAUUCUCAAGAAGUACAGAGAAGACUUCUAUAGAAGAAGCUAAGAAUUAUUAUAUGCAAACUAGCGUGAAUCCUUGCAUGUUUACACAGCCACAGGUUUUCACUAAAAAGCAACAUGAAGCCAAAUUGUUACGUGCAACAGAACAUCUGGAGUAUAUUUACCGUGGCACAAAACUAAGUAAAGCCAAAGAAAUCUUGAAGAAGGAAUGUGAACUGCAGUGGGCCAUGGAAAAAGCUUGUGGAUUUCUUUCGCUUUAUGGGAAUGAGUGUUCCUUACCGGUAAAAUUUCAGGUGCAUUGCUCCUUUUCGGAUGUCGAUGUACCUGCCUCAAAACGAACGUCUCAUUCAAGUGGAAUUCGUUUUCUUUCAGCGUGCAAUUGUGGAUUUUCACAAGCCUUCCGUGACGAUCCAUUUUCUUUACGGGUUUAUUAUUUUUCCAACUGUUAUAUGUUAUCGAUUUUUCUUGAAGAAGCUAAUUACGAAUUUUACAUGCGACCUCUGUUUACAUGUUGCAAAAAUGGAAUGUCAUAUGAGUUCGUAACUUUCAAACCAUGUAACAUUAAUAACGAAGCUCUGGAUGAUGCUGCAUCGUGGGAUAAAUCUCAAAAGUCAUUGUCUUGUUCAAAAAGUAGUCUUGUGCAGCUUUCAGAACAAUUGACUGAAGGAGAGGAUUUAAACAUGCUACUGGAUGGUGAUAAUCCUCUUGUUAAAGAUGAAGUACGUCAGAAAAUUGCUCAGUCACCUCGCAAAAGUGAUAAUUCUUUGUUGCAAUUCAGUUAUAAUUUGCAUGUGUUUUUGCAUAUUGUAGUUCGGGCCACCGACGUCAUAAAAAAUGAAGUAGAAAAAGUUUCAAUAUCAUCAGAUGUAGAAAAAUCUGACGAGCUUGGGUUUGAUGAGACGGAAAGUAAUUAUGAUGAGGAAGAAUCUGUGGAGGAAUUUGAACAAUCACGUAUUGAAGAAGCGCAUCAGAAACUUGUGAAUGGCUUCGAGUCGUUAUCACUAGAUGGUAUGGAAUUGAAUAUACAGACUGAGAUGGAAUGUGGAGUGGAAACAGAAAUAGAAGCGGAAACAGAAACCCAUGUGUCUUAUCUAGAUGAUGAUGAUGUACAGUUGCGAGAAAUGGAUGAAAAUAUUGGGAAAAUUGAUAGUGCAAAAGAUUUUGAGGAAAAGCUGCUAAAUUUAAGAGAAUCACACCAAGGCAGACAGUUUUUGGAAUGUGUGCCCAAUACAGACUCACCAUCAAAGAGACCGCUUUUCCCCUCAUGGUCACUUGUCUGCAUUGGCCAAUCAAGUUUAUACAGCCAUAGAACUGGUGUUCGCAUGUCUAAUUCCAAAAGCAGAUCGCAAUUUCUCACAUCAGUUGAUGUUUUUUUGGCAGUUGACUCCGAGAAAUGGGAAAUUGAUAUGAGAAAAAUUAUCGGUGAUACGUACGGUAUAAGAAAGCGCAUAAUGAGAAAUAACGGCGAAAAUCAAGAAAGAGUGAAGCUUUUCAUUGGAUUCGAAUAUGAGUGCCCUCGUGGGCACCAAUUCAUAAAACAAGAUAUGUCCGUAAAUAUUCGAGUGAAAGAUUCAAAAUCUGUAGUUACUUGUCCAGACAUAUCAGUGUGGACAAGAUGUUCGUGUCGUCGUUUACCAUCAGUCAGUGCGCAGCUUAUGCGACUUCAUGUGGUCACUCCUAAAGCUCCAGUUGCUGUAGUCCUCAAUCCUCAAGUUCAGCCGACGCUAAAAGAAUUGGCUGUUUAUCAUACAGGAGAGGCACCAUUACGUCUAGAUUGGGCACGUUACUAUGUAUUACGAUUUCCCUUUGUGUACUCUGGACCAAAUGGACCUGUUCCAAGGCCUAAGGAAGCAAAAGUUAUGGGGAAAUUAUUUUCAGACUGUAUUGAAGUACAUUACUGUGCAGGCAUUGAUUGUUAAUA